AUGGCACAAAGUCCGGCGAUUCCAACAUUCAUCCUUCGCGGCCAUACCUCUCCCGUUCACGCGCUUCUCUUCCUCGCUGCUAAUACACAUCUCGCCUCCGGCGACAGCGAUGGCUGGCUCGUCAUAUGGAGUGUGGCGAGCAAACGUCCUGUUGCUGUCUGGAAGGCCCAUGCUGUUGGUAUCGCAGGCAUGAAGUCGUGGGGUCAGACUCGAUUGAUUACCCACGGGCGAGACCACAAGUUGCGAAUAUGGAAGUUGGCGCUUGCUGAACACACCCUCAGCAAAACGCUUCCCGUGGAAGGUGCCCGCGAUGAUCAGCCGCAGCCAUGGCUUGUCCAUUCGAUAGACAUGAGUGCUCUCAAUUUUUGCGACUUUGCUACGUGUGAGGAGCCGGCGGACAUGGCAGUCCAAGGCGAAGCUGGGAUCCUCAUUGCGAGCCCAAAUGCUCUCGAUAAUGGCGGCGUGGACGUGUUCCAGCUUCCAAGAGAACAGCGUGUAUCGCAGAUGUCAUCUGACAAGACACUGAAUACCGGCAUGGUCAUGUCCGUUGCGCUCUACAACGACUCUGGCACUUUUCAUCUAAUAUGCGGCUACGAAGAUGGACAGGUCGCGAUACACCGACACCAAGGCGGAUUUGAUCAAGGUCGUCCACAAUGGAAGAGAGACAGCUUGCUCAAACUCCACUCGCAGCCAGUAUUGUCACUGGCAAUGUCACCUUUUCGGGAUUUCUUUCUGACGUCCUCAGCGGAUGCAAAGAUCGUGAGGACUGCGUUCAAUCCUACCACUACAGAUGCUUCGAACGCAUCACGCAAGUCCAUCGACACCAAGCAUGCGGGCCAGCAAGGACUGUCUAUACGCUCCGACGGCAGAAUAUUCGCAACAGCUGGUUGGGAUGCACGCGUGCGGGUCUAUUCAGCGAAGACUCUGAAGGAACUAGCGGUCUUGAAAUGGCACAAGGAAGGCUGCUACUCGACCGCAUUCGCGGAUGUGGAUUCGCCCUCGGACUCUGCUGUUGUAGCAGACAACGGUGAGCACGCAUUAAUCAGGUCAGCGCUUGAUAUCAUCAGGCAGGAACGGAAUGCAAAAGCUCAGACAACGCAUUGGCUUGCCGCCGGUGGGAAAGAUGGCAAAAUAUCUCUUUGGAACAUCUACUGA